GGGUGGGGGGCAUGACGCACUUCCGGCCCGGUUUGUUUUUCUGUCACCUGCUGAAAUAAGAAAUCAAAAGGCCAUGUUCGCGGUUGUGCUGUGUCCGUAGUGGCCUUUUCGGGGCCUCGUUUUUGGGAGAGGGUACCAGUCCGCCGCGGUUUCAGAAAAGGUCCGUGAGGUCAUUGGGCUUCUAGAAAACAAGCUCCAGCUGGACGGCCCAGAAGCUCCAAUGGCUGCGGGCUCUGGGGUCGCCCCGCCACCUUUCGGUGCUGGGCUUUGUACGGUGAAAGUGGAGGAGGACUCUCCGGGGAUUCAGGAGUCCUCCGGUUCCGGAGAUUGGCAGAACCCCGAAACUUCUCGAAAACUGUUCAGGGAAUUGCGCUACCAGGAAGUGGCCGGCCCUGAAGAGGCACUGAGCCGUCUUUGGGAGCUCUGUCGGCGGUGGCUGAGGCCCGAGCUGCGCUCCAAAGAGCAGAUCAUGGAGCUGCUGGUGCUGGAGCAGUUUCUCACCAUCCUGCCCCAGGAGCUCCAAGCGUACGUGCGGGACCACUGCCCUGAAAGCGGGGAGGAGGCUGCGGCCUUGGCGCGAACUCUGCAAAGAGCACUGGACCGGGCCUCCCCCCAGGGCUUGGUGACCUUCAAGGAUAUGGCUGAAUCUCUGACCUGGGAAGAGUGGGAGCAGCUGGCUGAAGCUCGGAAGGGCUUCUGGGGAGAGAACCCAAAGGAUGCUGGGAGCACAGUUGUGUCUGGCUUGGAAACUAAAGCUGCAAACCCAGAUGUGAUCCUAAAGCAGGAAAUUCUGAAUGAGGCAGAGCCACAGGCAUGGCUGCAAGAAGUGUCCCAGGAAAAGGGCCCAGCAUUUACCAAAUGUGAUUCCUGUGAGGACUGGGAAGAAAAGCUGCCAAAAGCUGCUGUGUUGCUGCAGCUCCAGAGCUCUCCUGAAGAACAAGGAUGCACUGCCAUCCCACAUCUCAUUGGUGUGUCCAAAGAUGAAAGGGAUUCUGAGAAUAAUGAAUCUGGGAGCAGUGGCAACUCUGUCCUUGGUCAGCACAUCCAGACAGCAGAGGGGCUGGGUACCAACGAUGCGUGUGAGGACGACCACAAACAAGGCUUACAAGUGACAGGCCAUACAGCGGAGCCUCACAGCUCUGUGGACAGCACUUUGGGGCUUCGUGAGACCCAGAGGCACUUCCAUGAAGACAAACCUUAUAAGUGUGGUUGCUGUGAGAAGAGAUUCAGACAGCGCUCAGACCUCUUCAAACACCAGAGGACCCACACAGGUGAGAAACCCUAUCAGUGCCAAGAGUGUGGGAAAAGCUUCAGUCAGAGUGCCGCCCUUGUUAAACACCAGCGGACACACACAGGCGAGAAGCCGUAUGCAUGCCCAGAAUGCGGGGAAUGCUUCAGGCAGAGCUCACAUCUGAGUCGGCAUCAGAGAACCCAUGCCAGCGAGAAGUACUGUAAAUGUGAGGAGUGUGGGGAGAUCUUUCAUAUCUCCAGCUUAUUUAGACAUCAGAGAUUACACAAAGGGGAGAGACCAUACAAGUGUGAAGACUGUGAGAAGAGUUUCAAACAGCGCUCAGACCUCUUUAAGCACCAGAGAAUCCAUACGGGAGAGAAACCCUAUGUGUGUUUUGUCUGUGGGAGAAGAUUCAGUCAGAGUGCAACCCUCAUUAAACACCAGAGAACUCACACGGGAGAAAAACCUUAUAAAUGUUUUCAAUGUGGCGAUAGAUUUAGACAGAGUACACACCUCGCCCGACACCAAAGAAUCCAUCAAAAUUCAGUCUCCUAGCUUUCAUAUGUCUGCAUGACUUAGGUGGUUUUUACUGUUGCUACUAUUGAGAAAAGAUCUCACUGUGAAGUCCUGGCUAUCUGGAAGUAGCUGGCCAUAAACCCAAGAGAUCAACCUGCCUCUCCUGUAUUAAUUAAAGGUGCCCACCACCUUGCCCAACAUGACUCUUGUUGUGAUU